GGUUUUGUGCGCUUGCCGUUUAGUUUCGGUUUAGUUGUCCCUCGUUUUUCAUCGUUCAGGAAGCGCUUACUUUAAAGUGACGCUUAGAGAAAUGUGACGCGACUAUCCGAGCAUGGUUUGUUUGCUGAUAAUUGUCGGCUACAAAUAAUGUUAACAGAGUACGGAAUUGCGCUAAUUAAAAAUCUGAAAAAAGUUUUUUGGAAAAAUUUGUUGUAAAUGUGUUUUUUGUUGGAAAGUACAUUUUGAAAAAUAAUGAUUUAUCUUAAUAGCUAGCUUAUCCGCAGUUACUUGCUACAGAUGUAGUGCCACGGGCUUAGCGCCAAAAUUUAUUAAGUACCUAAUUGGAUAUGAGAGCUGAUAUUUGUUGACAUUUUUGGAUACAUUAGCCAAAUGUUUAAAACGGGUCCACCACCGCAAGGUGGUCAAAUAAAAUUUACCAUAGCAGACACAUUAGAAAGGAUAAAGGAAGAAUUCAAUUUUCUUCAAGCACAAUAUCAUACGUUAAAAUUGGAAUGUGAGAAAAUAGCUAGCGAAAAAACCGAAAUGCAACGACAUUAUGUCAUGUACUAUGAAAUGUCAUAUGGCCUUAACGUGGAAAUGCACAAACAGACUGAAAUAGCAAAACGACUUAAUGCAAUCAUAGCACAACUGAUGCCUUUCCUGUCACAAGAGCACCAGCAGCAAGUUGCAACUGCUGUAGAAAGAGCUAAACAAGUAACCAUGUCCGAACUAAAUGCUGUCAUUGGGGUAAGCCAACAGCAACAACAGGGUCUUCAGCAUUUGCUACAACAAAUCCAUGCACAACAAUUGCCUCAUGGUGGCGCUCCAGGCGGACUGUCACUUGGUCCCCAUCCUGGUUUACCUGGAAUGGGAGCAGGUGCUGCAGGAUUAUUGGGAUUUGGUGCCGGAUUGCCUCCAGGUGGUCCUCCUCAUCCAGCUGCUGUUGCUAGUGCUGCACAUUCUAUAGCAAAAGCUGCGGAUUUGCAUUCACGCGCCGGGGAUGAGGUCAAACGACCCAACAGCAGAAAUACAUCAGACGAAAGACUGCAUUCAAUGUCUCCUGGAGAUAGAGAUAAGUAUCGUUCGAGAUCAUCGCCAGAUGUCGAGCAGGCGAAACGAAGGAAAGAUGAUAAAUUAGGUCAUGAAAGUGAUGGGGAGAAAAGUGACCAGGACCUGGUUGUGGAUGUAGCUAACGAGGAGGUUACAUCGCCGCAUACGAAUGGAGACCAUGUACCGUUAGGUAACCCAAACGACAUCCGAGAAAAUGGGAACUCAAGUAACGAUAAGAACAAGUCUGACCGUCCACCCAGCCGCAGCGGAUCGUCGUCAUCGCGGAGUACCCCUUCGCUCAAAAGUAAAGAUGAAAAACCCCUGACGCCUGGUUCGAAACCUCGUUCAACGACGCCUAACCUUGUGUCAGGAAGUGGUCCAGCGGGCAGUUCAAAACCACUUCCCGGUGGUCCACUUGGGCCAUAUCCCAGCUAUCCAGCCUUGGGAGCUCCAAGAACUCCAGACCAUCAAAUGUCUCCUUAUGCGCAGCCGAAUUCUUAUGGGCGGCAGCCUCAACCGGUGAGUGGUUCCUAUGACAGUGCGGUCCAACUCCGAAAUUCAUCAGCGAACGGUGUAGGAACUGCAGUUCCAGGAGGAAAACCGGCGUAUUCGUUUCACAUGAAUGGAGAAGGUCAAUUGCAGCCAGUACCAUUUCCCGCGGAUGCUUUAGUGGCUCCAGGAAUUCCACGGCACGCACGACAAAUAAAUACUUUGCACCAUGGCGAAGUAGUCUGUGCCGUUACAAUUUCCAAUCCAACAAAAUACGUAUAUACAGGAGGAAAAGGAUGUGUAAAGGUUUGGGAUAUUAGUCAACCAGGCGUCAAAACUCCUAUCAGUCAAUUAGAUUGUUUGCAGAGGGAUAACUACAUUAGGUCUGUAAAGCUGUUACCAGAUGGCCGAACGUUAAUCGUCGGUGGAGAGGCUUCAAAUUUAUCCAUAUGGGAUCUAGCAAGCCCGACACCCAGAAUAAAGGCGGAAUUGACAUCAUCGGCUCCAGCUUGUUAUGCUCUCGCCAUCAGCCCGGACUCCAAAGUAUGCUUUAGUUGCUGCUCCGACGGCAACAUUGCCGUAUGGGACUUACAUAACCAAACAUUAGUUAGGCAGUUCCAGGGACAUACGGAUGGUGCCUCUUGCAUCGACAUUAGUUCCGAUGGCACUAAAUUGUGGACGGGAGGUUUAGACAACACCGUCCGUAGCUGGGAUUUGCGCGAGGGGAAGCAACUGCAGCAACAUGAUUUCAGUUCUCAAAUUUUUUCUCUGGGCUAUUGUCCGACAGGUGAAUGGCUUGCUGUUGGAAUGGAAAACUCCAAUGUUGAGGUGUUGCAUGCCACCAAAGCUGACAAAUAUCAAUUGCAUUUGCAUGAAAGCUGCGUUUUGAGUCUACGCUUUGCUUCGUGCGGCAAAUGGUUUGUGUCAACUGGCAAAGAUAAUCUCUUAAAUGCAUGGAGAACGCCAUACGGAGCGAGUAUAUUUCAGGCUAAGGAAACUUCGAGUGUAUUAAGUUGUGAUAUUUCGACGGACGAUAAGUAUAUCGUAACAGGUUCCGGAGACAAAAAAGCGACAGUCUACGAAGUGAUAUACUAAGUGUUAGUUGGAAAAAACGAUGUAAUGGGACCAGACAAACUAACAUCUGUGAAUAUAAUGAACUUUUGUGUAACCGCUGGUUGAUGCAUUUUCCAUGCCGGAUUAAUUUGUUUCGCGCUCUCAGCAGUGUUCUUGUGACAGUCGAAAGUCGAAAUAAAUCUGUAUGUGGCGAUUCA